AUGCUCGACGAGGACGGAACUUAUCAUGGAUUCGAAAUUGAGCUACUGGAGCGCAUGCUCGUUUAUGCGGAUCAGGAUGGCAUUCAGCUCAAUGUGGAGCUGGGAGUUGCACCUGCAUUGUACGGUGAUGCUAUCAAUGUUGUUGCCAACGACUGCAACACCACAGACAACCCAAACAGCCUUGAGGACUGCGAAGCCUUUGACUUUAUGAUAGCUGAUUUCUUCCAGAAUGCCGAAAGGUUCAACCGGGUCGACUAUACACCAACUUGGCUACACACUGGAUUGGGAGUGCUAAAGUACCUCGAACAGAUCGGCACUAGUGAGAUCAAGUCCCUGAGUGACGCCGAGAAGGCCGGUGCCACGAUUUGCUACCCACCAGCAACUUACGUCGAAAAAAUGGUGAAGUCAUAUAUGCCAAAGGCCAUGACAGUGCCUUGUCCUACUGCUGAAACCGAGGACUGCAUCCAGUUUGUAAAAGAAGGAAACUGUGCCUUGUUUGUAGAUGACCUGUUGGUGUUGCAAUAUAUGGCCAAGUAUGACAAUAGCCUGGAUGUUCUUGAGGAAAAUAUGCAAUCACAGUACUUUGUGUGGGCGUUGAAGCAAAAUCUACAGCCUGAGGUUUCUUGGCUUUUGAAGAAAUGGGUGUACCAAGCUGGAAGCACUGGUGAUAUCGAAGUGAUACGAAAGAGAUAUUUUGAAGCUGCAACAUGUCCCAUUGGAACUGCUGGCAAGGACUGUGACCUCCCCUGUGAUGCUCGUAAGUUGUUGCACCAUGGAACCUCCUUUUCUACUAUUGCCGUGGUGGUGCCUGAUAAAGAAUCUCUGUCCCGUCUCCUUACUGAUUCAAUUCAUCCAACAGAGAACGGUUUUGCGGAUGCUCACGGGGUUUGUGUUUGCCACUCCACCAAGUGGUCGGGAGAUGACUGCUCGAUUGCUGUAGAAGAAAACCUCAAUCUGCUGCCAACAGGCCUGGUCAAUACUGCCUACACCUUGGUUGCAAUUACAUUCGUUACAGCGUUUGGACUUGCCUUAUGGGUUGUUUAUAAUCGGAACGGAGCUCAGCUCAAAGCUGCACAGCCAUUCUUCCUUGGAAGUGUUCUGGUUGGGGCAGUCAUUAGCACUUCUACAGUUAUUGCCAUGGCUCAGGAGGGAUAUUGCAUGGCUGUGCCCUGGUUGUACAGUGUUGGGUUCUGUAUAACAUUUGGUUCCCUGUUUGCAAGGAUCUGGCGAGUCUAUGUCCUUAUGACAUCGGCAGUGGAAAUGCGUCGUGUGACGCUUUCUACAAAAGAAACCUUUGGUUGGGUCUGUUUGGUCUUGACAGUUGACAUUGUCAUCCUUGUUGCGUGGACUGCUGUGGACCCACUCGAAUGGACCAGAGAAACAAUCAGCUCUGAUAAGUUUGGGGAACCGCUUGAAAGUGUUGGCUAUUGCCACUCUGACCAUUGGAGAGUGUUUGCUGCCAUCAUUGGAGUUGUCCAUCUUGUGCUCAUGGCAGUUGCCUCCUAUAUGUGCUAUCGUGCCAGACACAUUCCAGAGGAGUUCAGCAGCAGCAAGUUCAUCGCUAUUGCCAUGUUCUCCAAUCUUCAGAUCUUUGUGAUUGCCAUCCCUGUGCUGAUAAUUGUGGGAAAGGAUCCUGUAUCAGGUUUUUUUAUCAGAUCAGUUGUGGUGUGGUUGAAUGAUAUCAUGGUGGUUGGUCUUAUCUUUGGCAGCCUUGUUGCCCGCGUCUACCUAACUCCAAGGGAUACGAACAACGCAGCCAAUCGACGCAUACGAUUUUCCAGUGCUCACAGCAUUGCAAGAAGCGUUCAGUCUUUCAGGAUUGCUGCACCAGAGUCUUUCAGGAAUUCUGAACCAGAGUCUUUGAGGAAUUCUGGACCAGAGUCUUUCAGGAAUUCUGGACCAGACUCUUUCAGGAAUUCUGGACCAGACUCUUUCAGGAAUUCUGGACCAGACUCUUUUUUGAAUUCUGGAUCAGAUUGA